AUUUAAUGGAUAGAAGAAACAUUUAAUGGCUACCCAUUUCUCACCAGAUUAAGUGCACAUGCCACAACCAGUCAUUAAAGGCUUUUUCUAGUCUAAAUCCCUGUUCUUCAAACGUCAAACCGCCCUUCUACUCUACUGACCUGAAACACACCGCCUCACCCUCCACAUCUCUGCAGACCCACCGCAUUUGCCACCUGCCCUAGGGAGCUUUUCCUGAUCUUACCUCCGAUGCGUUUCACUGCUCCCACAUCUGAAUUCCUUUAACUCACUCCAUGUUUUUCUCAAAGGCAGACCAAGGUAUUUAUGCAAACGUGGUGUCUCCCUAGUCUUGGAUGAGGUCCUUAACAUCAGUCACUGCAGCGAUUCAUCUCCCCUACUCUGCAGUGUCAGACUCUAAAGAAGGGUAAAACAAAUACUUGUCCAUUUAGACUGCUGGCAAACCCUGAGCAGGAAUUUUGGCCUUUUGUAUGUCCAGUGCCUAGAACAGCGCUUGGUACACAGUAGGCGCUCAUUCAUUGAACGCUGCUGAAGGAAUUGAACGUACAUACUACAAGCCCUGCAGAUGCAGAUACAGGAGGGGUGGAUGGCACAGUGCUUAGGGUGGAACUGGAGGCACCACCUCUCCUGAGGGGUGAUGCGCCGCUUCCUGGGCAGGCUUGGGGGAGCUCGCUCAACUGCCUGCCUCUCUGUAGACCAAAAGCUGGAAAAAAAAAUACACACAAAUCACCUAUCCAAGUAUGUACACACAGGCUCACUUAAACCUGCCCUAUUAAAAAAAAUAUACACACACACGCACACACCAUUUAUCCAAGUAUGUACACACGGGCUUGCUUAAACCUGUCCUAUUAACAAUAAUAAUAAUAUAUAUAUAUAUGCACACACAUACACACAUAUAUCUAUCCAGGUCUGUACAUAGACUUGCUUAAACCUGCCCUAUUAAAUACACACACACACACACACACACACCCCUAUCCAGGUUUGUACAUACAUAUAUAAUAUAGAAAUAUAAAGACAUAUAUAUGCACAGACUUAAGUCCAACACGAUUGGAGUGUCGGGAGAGCAACUGGGCCGCCCCCAGGACUGCGGGACAGAUCUCCCGGUGCCCGGAUCGCAGGAGCCCCGGAGCCCUAAAGCGGCCCCUGCGCGGCUUGGGCCUUCCGGCUUUCCGUCCGCCGCGGCCGCCAUUGGCUGGGCUCGGCGCAGCUAACAGACGGCGGCAGUGCGAGAAAGCCGAGGAUGGCGGUGCCGGCGGCGCUGAUCCUACGGGAGAGCCCCAGCAUGAAGAAAGCAGUGUCACUGAUAAAUGCAAUAGAUACAGGAAGAUUUCCACGGUUGCUCACUCGGAUUCUUCAAAAACUUCACCUGAAGGCUGAGAGCAGUUUCAGUGAAGAAGAGGAAGAAAAACUUCAAGUGGCAUUUUCUCUAGAGAAACAAGAUCUUCACUUAGUUCUUGAAACAAUAUCAUUUAUUUUAGAACAGGCAGUAUAUCACAAUGUGAAGCCAGCAGCGUUGCAGCAGCAAUUAGAGAACAUUCAUCUUAGACAAGACAAAGCUGAAGCAUUUGUCAAUACGUGGUCUUCUAUGGGUCAAGAAACAGUUGAAAAGUUCAGGCAGAGAAUUCUGGCUCCCUAUAAGCUAGAGACGGUUGGAUGGCAGCUUAACCUUCAGAUGGCUCACUCUGCUCAAGCAAAACUAAAAUCUCCUCAAGCUGUGUUACAACUCGGAGUGAACAAUGAAGAUUCAAAGAGCCUGGAGAAAGUUCUUGUGGAAUUCAGUCACAAGGAGUUGUUUGAUUUCUAUAACAAGCUAGAGACUAUACAAGCACAGCUGGAUUCCCUUACAUGAUGUUUUCGAAGACUGUUUUUUUCAUCACCCUCCUGCCACCUCAUUAUUUUGCAUUGAAGAUCCAUUGCCAGGUUGUGUUUUCUAAAGGAUUCAGUGGCUUGCUGUCUGUAAAUUGUAUGGCUUAUCACUUCUUAGACAAAUAAUGAUCAAGAGAGAUCAUUGUUAAGAGUACUGAAGUUCUAAUAUACUUUCUUUAGUUCUGUGAGCCAACAGUAAUUAUUAAGAACACUUUCUCUUUAAAGGAAACAAAAGUGAAUACCAUAUUGUUUUUACUGUCAUAGUGUUGCUUUCUUGCCUGUGCUGCUUAGUUUUUACUUGCUUGAUGAUACCAUGAUGUAUCAAGGAGGGUCCAUGGAUACAAGCUAAGAUGUGUACCUUGGAAGAAUACAGAGCUUUGGUAAUUACAUGAAUAAAAUUAAGAAAAUAGCCAUAUACAAUCAAAUACACUAUGGCAUUUUUAUUUGAAUAUGAUGAGUAUAUUUUGCUUUGGAAAUAAUAUAGGAAAGAAAUAUAAAAUAGUGAGUAGUAUGGUAGCAGUUAAUUCCAGUCUGAGCUUCUCUGUCAACUUCAGUUUCUCUCUGAGUUUAAUGAUUUAAUAAUAGUCCAGGUUUUUGUGUGUUUUUCUUCAUACUGCAAAUUAAUAAUGAUUCACUUUAUAGUCUGGGAGACAGAAUCAGGUCUUGAAUAAAAUAAUCGUAAUGAGUGCUAAAUGCGCACCAUUAUUCAAAUCAGAUACCUUUUAUAUUCUCUUUCUAUAAAUAUGUUGAUUUCUGUCAAUAAAAAUUUUGUGUCUUAGGA